GGCGUAUUUAAUAUUUUUUAUUUUUUUAUCUUCCAAAUUUAUGUGACAAUUCUGAUCCAAUAUCCAGCUGAGCAGCAGGUCACGUGCUACCGCAUACCCCGGUCUGUUUUUUCUCCUUAUUUCCUCUUUUUACCCACGACUGCGCGUGACGUCAAACCAUGUCCUUAAGGAUCAUGACGAACAUCACCGUCGAAUCCGCAAACACCCUGCUCACCCACCUCCUCGCCGAGCUCUCCUACCCUGCUUCUCCGCAGCACUUCCAGCGCUAUGGAUCAUGGGUCGACUCGGAGGGCGUGCGAGAUGCUCUGACCGCGUCCUUACGGCCUGAGGUGUUUGAGUUGUUUGGCGGGGCGGAGUUGCCGAAGUGGAAUGAGAUCAGAGACGCAACCACUCACCCCCUCCCGGAAACCCGGGGCAUCUACCUAGACCUGAUCCGCGGCCUCGACGGCCGCGACCGGCUCUAUGUGGGGCAGAGCAAGAACGUCGCUUUUCGCAUUUCAAAAUGCCACAUGAGCUUCCGCCACCGCCGCGAUAAUAAGUCGCUCCAUUACUUCGCUAUUGAUCGGAGCAAGUGGAAUAACUUUGUUGUACUGGCUGUCUUGCCGCCCCUUGCGGAUCCUGCAUUGGAGUCUCGUGCGGAUUUGGUCAUGAACGUGCUCGAGAUGUGGUGUGCGUUGCUGUUUAGGACGUUGCAGGGCGAGACAUUAGGGGAGUGGUUGCCGGCUGGUUGGGUGGGGCAUGGAACGAAGGGAGAAAACGGGAUGGGGAUGGUGUGUAAUUGGUAUCCGCUGAAUUUGAAAUUGCCGCUUGAUCAGGGUGUGGCCACAUUUGAGGGUGGAGAUUGGAUGACGAGGUUGAAUGCUUCGGAGGAUCCGUUGGCGAGGGAGUAUGCCGAGGGGAAGAGGGAACUUGUGGAUAAGGGAGAGAAAACUUCUGUGGAGGCGUCGUUGCCGACGCCGCCGUCAGUGGAUGUGCCGAGCUUGUUGUUGGGGGCUAUGAUUGGGGCAGUGGCGGUUAUGUUUAUUACGAAGCGGAGGUAAUCUCUACCAGGUAGCUGUUGAAGUGCCGUAUUUUACUACACAAUGGAUAUACUUGGAUUUUAUGUUCCCGUUGAAGGAGCAAAAGGAGGGCACAUAUGCCUAACCUGUAUGUAUUGUAGCUAAC